UUGACAUACAGCAACAGCUGACUUUGUGACAUUUGAAAAUAAUUAUACAAUUACCUACCAUUAACAUAAUUUAUUGGAAAAGUCUUCAAGGCGGUCAAAGUGCGGUUGUGAUGUGAAACACAACUUUUUUAAAUAGAAUCUUAUUUGUAAAUGAAGUGAUAACAUUGUUUGAUGACGUAAAACGACACACGGUCGGCUUAUCGCAUUGACGGUCCGUACACUGCUCAUGUUUAUGUCAAUAGUUUAUAAAAUAUCUUUCCGCUGCUGUAACUAACUUUAUCAUUACGAUGUUUAGUUGGGGACAUAUUAGACACACAUUGCAUUGUGUCGUUAAAGGCAGAAGUGGUGUGAUAAAACUAGUGCAAGCAAGCGAUAUAUUGAAGCAGCACUCGAGAUUUUCUUCAUCAAUGGCAGAUAAAUUUAAAUUGCCUGCUCGCUAUGGUACCGGCGAAAAAAGUGUAUGGGUGGAAUAUAUCCAGUUGGCUGCUGAAUAUAAGCCGGCAGUGAACCUAGGCCAAGGUUUUCCCGAUUACCCCCCUCCAGAACAUGUCACUAAAGCUCUUGCUGAAAUAGCUACAGGGGAUAAUCCUCUUCUCAACCAAUAUACAAGAGGAUUUGGACACCCAAGAUUGGUACAGAACUUGGCAAAAUUGUAUUCUCCAUUAAUUGGAAGGGAAUUGGACCCUUUCAAUGAGAUAUUGGUCACAAGUGGAGCUUACGAAGCUCUUUUCUCUGCUAUUCUAGGUCAUGUGGACGCAGGCGACGAGGUCAUCGUGAUAGAACCGUUCUUCGAUUGCUACGACUACAUGAUAACUUCGGCCGGUGGUGUACCCAAGUUCAUCGCUCUGAAACCGAAAUGCAAAAGCGACAACAUGACAUCAGCCGAUUGGGUGCUAGACGAGCAAGAACUCGCUUCCUUAUUCAACUCUAAGACUAAGAUGUUGAUACUGAACACACCACACAAUCCCCUUGGUAAAGUGUUCACCCGCUCCGAACUGGAGGUGAUAGCAGACCUGUGCAAGAAACACAAUGUGCUAUGCAUCAGUGAUGAAGUCUACGAGUGGAUGGUGUACGAACCGCAGAAGCAUAUACGGAUCGCAACGUUGCCUGGUAUGUGGGAGCGCACUAUAACCGUCGGUUCCGCGGGCAAAACUUUCUCGGUGACCGGCUGGAAGACCGGCUGGGCGUAUGCGCCCUCCAAUCUCAUGCGGAACCUGCAGGUCGUGCACCAGAACUGCGUCUACACCUGCUCUACGCCCAUACAGGAAGCAGUAGCGCGUUCGUUUGAGUUCGAACUGGCUCGGUACAACUCCCCCGAGUGCUACUUGUUCUCUCUCGCUCGUGAGCUGCUGCCCAAGCGAGACUACCUCGUGAAGAUACUUAAGGAGAAUGGGUUCAACCCCACCGUGCCCGAGGGGGGGUAUUUCAUUGUCGCCGACUGGACUAACUUGGCCAACAAGAUAGAUCUAUCUUCAGAACCGGACAAGUACAAAGACUACCAGUUCACCAAGAAAUUCGCUAAGGAAGCUGGAGUUCUCACCAUUCCGCCUACCGCCUUCUAUUCUGAAGCGCACAAAAGCUUAGGGGAGAACUACGCAAGAUUCUGCUUUAUCAAGAAAGACGAAAACUUGCAACUAACAGAAAAGCUGCUUAAGGAAUGGAAUGCUAAGAAGAAGUAAAUUUCUGUGAUGUGAUAUUUUUAUACUUACUUUAUAAGUAAAUAAUAAAGAGUGUUAUAUAUUUUUGUAAUUAAUGUGCAAUAUUAUAUGGUUGG